AGAGUCAUCUACCCUGGACGUGCUGUUAUCGUCGACCUACUCCCGUUCCCAGCUGUACCUCUCCAAGCAGCUGGCCCUCCUCCACCCAGAGCUCACCAUGCCCAUGUUCUCAGAGAUCAGUUACAGGCUACAGACCGCCCUUGUGCUGCCCGCCAGUUGUUGCUCCACUACCUGUUGCCGUGGCUCUACAACAUGGAGCUGGUAGACCCUAGUACUCCGCCUCCUGC